CAGAGCCUCAUAUUAAUAUACCACACAAUAACAUGCUGGUGUCAUGGUGGUAUCUCUACCUGGGCGCGCAAAGCCUCUACACACAUGUGUUGAAGAUGGCAUCAGUUCUGCAGAAGCUCAUCACUCCUCUGUUCAGCGGGCCGGUCGAACCGCCCAGGAAUAAAGUGACGGUGGUCGGCGUGGGACAGGUUGGCAUGGCCUGUGCCGUCAGCAUUCUCCUGCGGGAGCUGGCGGACGAGCUGGCGCUGGUGGACGUGGUCGAGGACAAACUCAAGGGGGAGAUGAUGGACUUACAGCAUGGAAGUCUCUUCUUAAAGACGCCGAAGAUCGUCUCAGGCAAAGAUUACUCUGUGACGGCCAACUCUCGUGUGGUGGUGGUGACGGCAGGCGUUCGACAGCAGGAGGGCGAGAGCAGACUCAAUCUGGUGCAGAGGAACGUCAACAUCUUCAAACACAUCAUCCCUCAGAUCGUCAGAUACAGUCCCAACUGCAUCCUCAUCGUGGUGUCCAACCCAGUGGAUGUUUUGACGUACGUGACCUGGAAGCUGAGCGGCCUCCCGAAGCACCGCGUCAUCGGCAGCGGGACAAACCUGGACUCGGCUCGCUUCCGGUUCCUGAUGGCCGAGAGGCUGGGCAUCCAUCCCAGCAGCUUCAGCGGGUGGAUACUGGGAGAACACGGAGACUCCAGCGUUCCUGUGUGGAGCGGCACUAAUGUGGCAGGAGUCAGUCUGCAGAAACUCAAUCCUGACAUCGGCAAAGACACGGACAGAGAGAACUGGAAAGAUACGCACAAGAAGGUCGUGGACAGUGCCUAUGAGGUGAUCCGGCUGAAAGGUUACACUAACUGGGCCAUCGGCUUGAGCGUGGCCGACCUGAGCGAGAGUCUGAUGAAGAACCUGAACCGAGUCCAUCCCGUUUCCACCAUGGUGAAGGGCAUGUACGGGAUCGGUGACGAGGUCUACCUGAGCCUGCCGUGUGUGUUGAACAGCGCUGGAGUGGGCAGUGUGGUCAACAUGACUCUGACCAGCGACGAGGUCUCGCAGCUGAAGAAGAGCGCAGACAUGCUGUGGCACAUCCAGAAAGACCUGAAGGACCUGUAACGCUCGCUAACU